AAUACGAUCUUACGCAAGAGUAACCUUGAGUUUGGCAAUUUGUCUAAAAUGGCGACUUUUAAAGUGGAUGUUGAUAAUGAUAUUUUACAAUGUUUAUUUUUCUGGGCGGGAAUUGUGCUUUUGAAGACAAUUUUCAUGAGUUUGUUAACAUCCAUAAACAGGAUUUCAAAGCAGGUUUUCACUACCCCGGAAGACUAUGCAAUGGUCGGAAAGGAUGUCAGUGUUGCAACUGAUCCGUACAUCGAAAGAAUCAGGAGUUGUCACAGAAACGACCUUGAGAAUGUGAUUCCCUUCAUUCUGAUCGGUGUCCUAUAUAUGUUGGUAGUUCCGAAAGCGCAGUGGGCAUGUACGUACUUCCGGGUGUUUGGUAUAUCCAGGCUUAUCCAUACCGUCGUUUAUCUUAUGAAAGUGCCUCAGCCUGCACGUGCUCUCUCGUUUGCAGUAGGACUGACAGUCAACUUUAUGAUGGUGGUGUCUGUCCUUCGCUCAGUGGCUUGGUGAUUAUAAUUCAGUGUAUGUUGUAAACAAGACAAUAGUACACAAUCCUUCGUUCUUAAAUUGGACUAAACCUCAAUUAACUUUGCUGGCUGGCUGCAAGAUACAAGAUACUUAAGUUUCACUGAACACGGUCACUUAUUAUAAAUCUAUCACUUACAGAUUAAAAUUGAUAUAUUUUACUACUAACAUGAAUGUUUCUUCACUUCCUCAUUAAUUUCAGUACCCUUUCAGUUUUCUUUCAAAGAAUCAUAGGUAGUUUGUUGUUCAAUAUUCUCUAGUUAAAUGCUUUUGAUGUCCUGUACCUUUUGCCGUAAAUAUCUUCAUUGUCAAUAAAAUCUUAAUAUAUGUAA